GCUGCGUGCGGGUCAAGUGUCAAGGUGGUGUCACCACUGAUUAAAAAAAAAAAAAAAAGACGACGUAGGCUAAGGCACAGAAACACGCACCCACGCGCCGCGCGCACACACACGCACACACUCACACACACAAAAUGAUGCAUUGUUUCCCCGCCCACGCCGAGUGGGAGAUCCCUCACAUCUUUCACACACCCCGAGGCCUUGAGGCGCUCUAUAAAAAGAGCUGAGAGCAGAGAGCCUCUGAGCUGACAGCAGCCGCGAGGAACAGGAUAAGAGUCGUACAACAAACCAUAAAGAAAAAGUUGUAGGAGGUUAGAAAAAAAAAACGACAGCAAAUAGAGAUUGCACACAAGAGGACAACCUCCAGUACGGAAAAGCUGAGCAGCCGCACAGCAGAGAUCGAAGGAUGGAGUGUCCAUGUUGGUUGUCGGUGGUGCUGGUGGCGUUCUUGUCCAUCCCGGCGUUCGGGUCCGAGUGCUCCAUCUGCCAAAAGAUCAACAAAGGCAAGCGAGUGGUCUGCCUGGAACUCUGCAAAUCAGCGAGCCAGACGGAGCGUCCGGCUCUCGGUGCGGUGGCCCUUAACACCAGCGAGGAAAACAAACCCCCCAAAGUCAACACGUCCGAGUCGAUCGUCAGAGCGAAAGCCGACAAGCGGCGCUCCUACCUGAUGGAGCACUUCCGCUGGAGCAAACCCUACAGGAACAAGACACAGGAACGCAGACCGGGGUCUCGCAACGCCAAAAGGGGCUACUCCAUCGAGCACUUCCGCUGGGGUAAACCCCACCGGAACGUGACACCCGGACCCAAGCUGGGACACAAAAGCUCCAAGAGAAGCCCCUACGCGAUCGAGCACUUCCGAUGGAACAAACCCGCCGCCCGUAAACACAAACCGGUCAAGAUCUUUGCCUUCCUGACGGACAUCGGCGGUUCCCCGCAGGCUAUUCUCCACCCUCAGGCUCGCAGUCAUCUGAACAGCAAGGAGGACCCUAGUCAGAUGCCGGCGAGGCCCCAGGGGAGAAAGACCCGCUUACAAAGGGGGAGUCCGCAGAACGCCGACAUGGAGAAGACCAAUGUCAAUAAUCCUCAGGGAGUGCUGGCCGACAUCUUCAGGGACAUUCUGCUGAAGGACGUAGAGAGGAUAGUGGGCUGAGUUUGAGCAGGCUUGGCUUUUGCAUGUUUCUAUCAAUAACUAGCAGUUUUUUUGUUGUUAGCAUGUUUCAGGACAGUUUAGCUGAAGUAACAUCCGAUUGCUUUUGUUAUUUCCUUGUUGCAAAUGCCUUGAAUGUAAUUGUGAAAGCCGCGGGCGUCAUAUUCGAAACCCACAGGCAAGUUUCCUUGUAGUUGCAGAAUAAAACCAGUUGGUGGAGCUGAUGCGCCAUUAACCUGAUCUGCCAACCGCCAAUAAACACCGCAGAAGAAAAAAGGAGGACAGACAA